AUGGCAUCGAGCAACGACGAUUCUGAUAAGGAAGUAUUGACAAUGGCUGAAAUACAGAAGCGAGCGAUAGAUAAGGAUAAAUGCAUUAUGGUCAUUGAUAAUCGUGUUUAUGACAUAACGAAAUUUCUCGAUGAACAUCCAGGAGGAGAAGAAGUUUUGAAAGAGCAACAUGGCAAAGACGCAACGAGUGCAUUUGAAGAUGUAGGUCAUAGUACAGAUGCACGUGAACAAAUGAAAGGAUAUCAAAUUGGUGUGCUUCAUCCUGACGAUGUCAAGAAGCCGUCUAAAUCUCGGCCUGUGAUUGUCAAUCCGAGUAGUAGUGCGAGUAGUGCUGGUAAUGACGCUGGUGGUUCUUGGACUAAAUGGGUUAUUCCAAUUGUGAUAGCUGUUGCAGCCGUGGUUAUCUUUAAACUACUGUAUAAACCUGGCACAAAUAUCAAUCGUCCUCCCAAAGCGAUUUAG